GUCUGUUUUAACUACAGCUGCAUUCUUAGCUGCAAUGAAACGAUUUGUUGCGCGCCGAGGUUUAGUUAGCGAACUCCAUUCCGAUAAUGGAACAAACUUUCAGGGUGCGGCACAUGAGCUAAACAAUAUAUACAAACUAUUACAUUCCAAUGAGCAUCAAUAAGCGAUAAAUUCUUGGGUUAGUGAGAACGAGAUUAAAUGGAAGUUUAUACCACAACGAGCUAUAUCAUUUUGAUGGACUCUGGGCAUCUGCGGUCCGUUCGUUCAAGCAUCAUUUAGUCAGGGUCAUGGGAGAGUCAUCCAUGACAUUCGAAGAUCUCACAACGUUAUAAGCAGAAAUCGAAGCAUGCCUUAAUUCACGACCAUUAACUCAAAUAACAGACGAUCCGGCAUCAUAUGAAGUACUUACGCCAGGGCAUUCCUUAACAGGCUCUCAUUUACGAACUGUACCUGAGAUGUAUAUGAUAGACAUCCUACAGAAUCGUUUAACUCAGUGGCACGUUGUUCAUAAAAAAUGCGACAUUUUUGGAAACGGUGGAAUGUAGAUUAUUUGAAUGUAGAGGACAACAACUGCAGACAAAAUGAAAAAAGAAAGGUUUAAAUAUUUUGCCAGGCGUGUUGUUAGUAAUCAUUAAUGAAGACAAUGUUAGUCCUUCUCGUUGACCUAUGAGGUGUAUUGUUAAAACUCAUCCUGGUAAGGACGGAGUUGUAUGAGUAGCCACAUAGCGCACUGCCACUCAGCAAGAAAUAGCAAGGCCAAUUGCUAAAAUAUGUUUACUUCCAUGCAUUAUUGCAUUAUUGCGGGAUAGAAUAGAUUUGAACUCACUUGAAUUUUCCUUUAUACUUGAAUUUAUAGAAUAAGUUGAACUCAACUGGAUGUGCAUGAAAUUACUGAAUUAGUUAAUUAGCUUAUUAAAAUACAACCGAUUGCAUUUAGCUGGCCGGAAUGAUGAAUUCUAGUGCAUAAAUUAUUAUAAUGAACUAUUAGCUAACUAAGGAUGAACUCGAGCUGGAAGCCUUCGAAGUUGCAUGUAUUCGUCUCCAAGAGAAUCCGAACCAGUCCGCUAUCCCUUUUGCGCUCAACAAGGACCGUCCGGGGAGACCAUCCACCUCGACCGACGACGCCCACGUCGUCCAAAUCAAGGGUUUUUGAUGGUCAACAAUCGUCGGUUGACGAUACGAGACCUUUCGGAAAGUGUUGGGAUUUCCAAAACCUCGGUCAACACCAUCCUGAAAGACGUUUUGGGGUUGAAGCGGGUGAGGUCUAGCCUGGUGUCGAGAUACCGGAACCUGCUUGUCGCACAACGCAACCGGAUGUUUUAGCUUUUACAAUUUUCUUUAUUUCCGAGCUCCGAGCCGGACAAAUCCGGCGCCCUCUGCCGGACGGUAUUUCAACUUCCCCGCUCCCUUUUUAGGUCCUACCUCGAUCGCGUCGAAGUCUGCAAAACGAUGAUAACAGACUAUCCUAGAAAGCUGAAAUCGAUUACAACUGGCGACGAAACGUGGAUUUACGCAUACGACCCGGAAACAACAGACCACACCAGCGAGUACCGGUCCUAUUUAAUUACCUGGGGGUGAUUCACAAGGAAUUUCUUCCGAAAGGCCAAACGGUGAAACUAUCUAAGCGUAAUGCAGCAGUUGCGGACCUCCAUACGGCGAAAGCGGCCGGAUUUGUGGAAAAACAACAGCUGGUUUCUGCACCACGAUAAUGCAGCAGCAUACGGCCAUCAUUUUGAGGAAGUUUUCGCAAUAACUGCCACCCAUAUUGUUCCGCAACCGCCGUAUUCACCAGAUUUGGCGCCAGCCGACUUCUGGCUGUUCAACAAGCUAAAACGGAAGCUUCGGAGACACCGUUUUGACCCUAUCGAGGAGUGGGAGAAGAGGUGGAAGAGGUGCAUUGCAUCGGAAGGGAUUAUUUCGAAGGUCAUUUGGCCUAAUAAAAAAUGAAUGAAGAAUAAAAAAUGAAUGAUCCAUCGCUAGCGCGGCGUGUUAUUGUCGCACGUCGACGCAUUAUAUAAUUUUAAUAAAAUGCCUUUUUACUUCACUCCAAAUUGUGUUAUGUCCUUUUAUGUGUUAGAGAAAGUGAUUCGGCCAAAGGAGUAGCGUUGCUCACUGGAGGAGGCAAUAGGAGCAGGAAUAUUGCCUUUGAACUUUACAAUUUGGUGGCUUCAGAGAGGAGUGAGCAAGCCCUCCACCUUUUUAUUGCCUUCGGCGAUCACUCAGCGAGGUUCCGGCAAACCUGCCGAGGCGAUCUCAGGGAAGGAAGUUUCGGCGAACCUGCCGAGACGAUCCGAGGGAAAGAAGUUCCGGCGAACCUGCCGAGGUGAUCUGAGGGAAGGAAUUUCCGACAAAUCUGCCGAGGUGAUCCGAAAGAGGUUCCGGAAAACCUGCCGAGGCAAUCUGAUGGAAGGAAGUUCCGGCAUACCUGCCGAGGCGAUCUGAGCGAAGGAAGUUCCGGCAACAGGCUGAAGUAACCCGAAGUUCCGGCCAACCGGCUGAGGUAACCCGAAGUUCCGGCCAACCGGCUGAGGUAACCCGAAGUUCCGGCCAACCGGCCAAGGUAACCAGAAGUUCUGUCCAACCGGCCGAGGUAACCCGAAGUUUCGGUGUGUCAGUGAAGUGUUUCAGCGCGUGUUAGUUUCAUGUGUAGUAAGAAGUAAAGUAACAGUAAGUGUGCGACAGAAACAAUAACAGUGCGUGAAACAAAUGAGUGAUGUGCGAUUGAAGUUAAGAGGUUGCAAGCGGUCUACGGGUUUACGAGGUUAAUAAAAAAAAAACAUUUUCUUAUUAUACGACUGAAAGAUUAGGAUAGGAAAUCAUUGUGAAGGAAUCACUACGCAUUUGUUUUUUUAUUGUUUUACAAUUUUUAAACGUUGAUUGCCCGAAGACUGUGGUCAAGUUUUAAUUGAAUUUUACCCUAGAUCAACCUUAAUCCAAACAAUCAUGUCCAUUCAGAAACGCACGACUAGGGAAGGUGAUCAAUUAUGGGCCUCAAACAACAACUUGAGGAUUCCUCGCAACAACAGCUGGAGACAGAAAAAGGCAUGAAGGACGUACAAAGGGGGCUACCGAAAACGUUGCUAAACUAACGGCCGAACUAGUAGAAGUUAGAUAAUUGUUGAAUGAAUGUAGGAGGCUAGAGAGUGUGCCUAAACCAGAAGCCGUUGAGAGGCUGUCUGAUCCAACAAAUUCGGAUUUAAAUGAAAUACUGCGUUUCGUCUCGCAAAUCUUGAAAGACGGGCCAAGAAAACCGCUUGUUGGGUUACCGGAGUUCAAUGGCAAAUAUCAGGACUGGGCCAAAUUUAAAACAGCAUAUGAUCAAACCAGUCAAAAUGAGAGCCUUACUCCAAUUGCGAAUCUCAUAAGACAGCGCAGUUUAAAGGGAGAUGCUGCGCAGUGUGUUAAUCGCCUAUUAACCGACCCACAAACUCUAUGCAAAAUCAUGGAACGGCUAAAAAACUAAUACGGAAGCCCUAACCUAAUCUACGCCAGAUUUUUGAAUGAUCUACUAUCGGUGCCUAACCCGACGCUCGAUGAACCUAAAACAGUAAUCAAUUGUAUGAGACUGAGACUACAACUAUGACAGUAAAUUUUUUUUGAUGAUCAGCGAUUGCUAAACGAUUUAGUCAAAAAGCUUCCCGCCGGUAUGAAGCACAAAUGGUAUAAUCUCGUGUUAAAGGAAGAAGCUGAGGGAGGAAACAUUACCAAAAAUUUGGAAGAUUUAGCAAAUGGGUUUCGACCACAGGAACGAAUGGCAAUAAAGUUGUCAGUUGAUAUAAAUAAUGAUCACACCGAAACAGAAGGCACGCGUUCUAGCAAUCUUUCUACCCAGCGGUCAAGCUUUCAUGCGUUUCACCUCGUUUCAUCCUCUUCCAACCCUCGUUGGCCUAUACUUUUGCGUGUCAACACAAGCUAUCUCUGUUUUUUCGUUCGUCAACCAUGUUCUUGUCUCGCGCUUUUCACACUUCGCCGAAGUUCGACGUGCUCCGUGUUGUGUAUUUACACACUGAGCUCAUGGAAUAUUUUUGUGUGUGGAGAAAACCAUUUUGUCAUAUUUUGUGUUGCUUUCGAAGUGCAAGGUUUGGUUAGUUUAUUGCAUAGAACAGGGAGAUAAAAUGGAUAUAGAAGGAUAAAAAUGGCUUCGAAUCGAAAGAGCACGCGUUUUUCAAGUGACUGGAUAGUUUAGUUAGGGAUGUGGUGAUCAAAAAAUACUUGGAAAUAGGGAAGAUGCUUGACCAGCGUGCCUCCGGAACAAAGUGGUGCUGAACCUGUUUCAUGGCUGCUGAGAUUAAGCGGCUUCUUAGUGGCUUCUUAAUGUCCUUAAGAAGACAUUAAGAAGCCCGCUUAACGAAGAUUUUGCUCGCGGGGAGAGCACCACAAAGACCUUCGUACCCCAUUGGAAGAUUUGAAGAAUAUACACACUUAAAAAUAUUUCACGACUUCGGUUAAAUACACUGCCGAAAUUCAUCGGCCCUUUUAUGUUUUGCGGAUAUGUCAGUUGAAAAUUUGCCAUUGCCGAAAAUCAGUACAAUUAACAACUGAAAUAUGAGUUAAAUAUACAUUUCAACCGAAACUCGGCAACACUGCAUGCCGAGCACAUACGUUAACACAACUGUCACCGAGCUCAACUGUCAAAAUAACCGAGGUAUCGACUUUAACCAAAGUGGGUAUAGAUAUCAGGUGGGCUUAUCCCUAACGAUUUGACAGCUGCGCAGUAGAAAAAUGAAUUAAAAUUUGAAGUUUAUGGGUUCGAUCUUUUGUCAAUGUACGUGUGUGAAUCCUUUGGAACGUGCUAUCUGUGUGAGUGAAAAUAUACGUAUCACAAUCGAACCCACAAACUUCUAAUUGGUUUUCAGCAUGUCUACCGCGUCAAACCUAUGAGCCCACCUAGUCUCUUUACCCACUUUGGGCUUUAACCAUCGUGUUAGCCGAGACUCCGUUUGCUGUCAUGGCCAUUUUGUGUUAUUAGUGAAACGAACAGGUUUUGGAGUGAUUCUGUGUAACAAGUGAAAAUUUCCUAAAAUAAUUUCCAAAAUGGAUGAUCUUUUAAACGUGCUGCAGCAGGAGGGUGUAAGAAUCUACGACAUUUUUAGUAAGUUUGUUUAAAUGACAAUUUUUUCCAUUUAAGUUUACGGUACCAGCUCUAAUAUGCUUCUUCUGCCGGGAAAAAGUAUUUGGCUAUGUCGAAGAGCUACAGCUGCAUACAAAUGCACAUAUCCGGCAAAAGCACUUUGAUCCGGAUAAAGUGUAUUAUGAUUGUAUGAUGCCAAAAUGCCGAUCGACAUACAAUCAUUUUAAAUCAUUAAAACGGCACAUAAUGAAGCAACACCCAAUUGCGCUGAAAACACACGGUGCCAACAGAACUGUCGGAGAAACUCUCGAUAAGAUCGCGGACGAUUCCGUUACACAAAAAUCGAACCUUAUGGAAAUGGAAACUAAUUUUGUCAUCAAUUGCAUGCCGAUAAUUGAAGAACAGGAUGCAUUUUUAGAAGAAAAAAUCACUUUGGAUCAAAUAAAAAAAACCGUUGCUCUAGGGUUAUGCAGAUUGACGGCAGAUGUGUCACUACCUCAAACCAAAGUUUCGCAAAUGAUAAAACUUUGUCAACAUCUAGUUCAAAUGCUUGGUGAUUACUUUGAAGAAAAAACAAGGAUAUUUUUGAAGGACCGUAAAAUUGAUUUGGCAGCUCCUGAAAGUAUAAGCUUUUUAAAUAAGUUCCACGUAGAAUAUAUAUUUUCGGAGGUUUCAACGCUUUCAAAACAAACCAAGUUUUUGAACAAUUUUGCGAUUAGUAUGCCAACCCCAGUUGAAAAAGUGCUUCAAAAUCGAGAAGAUAUUCGCCAUGUUGCAGGUAUCACAACAAAAGUGACGGUUAACGAAACCUUCAUGUAUAUACCGAUCACUGAGACAUUGAAGCUGAUUUUGAGAAAUCCCCAGAACAGGGAACUAAUGAAGGAUAAUUUGCCGCCAAACGCAACCGUCAAAGAAUACUCAAAUUUUCGAUCUAGAGAAACAUACCAAAAUAGUGAAUAUUUUGAAAAAUUCCCCGACGCCAUACGACUCAACUUGUAUCAAGACGAUGUGGAACUCGGGAACGCACUGAGCUCUAGGGCAGGCAUAAACAAAGUAUCAGUCUUCGAUUUGAAAAUAGAAAAUUUUCCAUGCAAGUGGAAUAGUUCUCCAAAAACAAUUUUUCCGCUAAUCUACUGUACCUCUAUUGACACCAAAAAGCAUGGUUUCAACAAGAUACUGGAACCUCUUAUUCAUGACCUCAAAAAACUGGAACAUGGAGUAGAUGUUUUCUAUGGAAAAGAAAAAUAUACCCUACGAGCUGUAGUAUCGAUAUUCUGCGGUGAUACUCUGGCUGUACAUGAGGUUUUCGAACUAUUGGGGCCCAUGGUAAAGUUCUUCUGCACAUGUUGCACUAUGCCAAGACCAGCGUUUUCAUGAGAAUCCGUUCCAACAUGUUCCUACGCGUACGAAAGAGUGGUAUGAUCACAACUUAAAUAAGGUCAAUUCCGGAGAAAUCAAGCCUUCAGAUUGCGGAUUGAAACGUGGUAAUUGUAUAUUGAAUGAUCUGCAAUACUAUAACAUUACACAAAAUUUUGCUUUGGACACGAUGCAUGACAUAGCAGAAGGAUUAGUGCCAACAACUAUUUAGCUAGUAUUAGGCCACUAUCAUAAAAAUAAGUCGUUGGGUUUCAAUGCAUCAUUCAUCAAUGAUCGCAUACAUUUAUUUGCCUAUGAAUACAUCGACAGAAAGAAUAGACCAUGUGCGAACUUUACUUAUGGAAUGCUAUCUAAACCCAGUACUCACAAACUCAAACAGACUGCAUCACAAAACCUGCUACUGCUCCGUUUAUUCUCAUUUUUGUUUAUCGACAAGGUCCCCGCAGAUUGCAAAUAUAUGCGUAUGAUCGGUCAUUUGCCAUAGCCCGUAUUUUGAUGUCCACAAUUAUACCUGAUCAUAUGUUAGUUACUUUAGAGGAACUCAUUCGUCUGUAUAACUGUUUAGUGUUCGAGCAAAAGAACAAGCCAAACAAAAACCAAUCUUCAACUUGCCGGAAUUUCAAAAAUAUAUGUAAAAGCUUAGCACAACGACAAUGUUUUACAAUGGCCAUAGAUCUACUGGAUAAUCCAUUUACUGAUAGUAUUACAUAUUAUGGAAGAAACUUAAUUAAGCGAGAACAUUGUUGCAGUGCUCGCUACAUAGAUUUGUGUGUUCCAUAUGUUUUUGUUCCCAACAAAGUAACGAUAAAUUGGAUCGACUUCAAGAAAAACUUGCUAGUGGAAAAACCACGAUGAUGAAUAUUAUCCGUCGUAUGCCAUUAUCGUGGAGAUAGUGGUUAUAAAUACUGCAAUCUUUCUGCUACUUAAGUUAUGCAAAACCAAUGAAUAUGAUGAUUUCCUAGAAGCGUAUGAAGUUGCAGUAGAACGAUGCGAAAAAUUUGUUUCGUUUGAACAAAUACAUUCACAUAUCACUUUCGCUUCAUACUGUUUUGGACAAUGGACGUAGAAAUGUAUCCCAACAAAGAUGAACAAGAAACGCAGAAGCAUGAAGGACCAACGAGAAGCUUUAGUCCUACUCUUAACACAUGCAAUCUUGACACGGUGAGUAUUAUCAGUUACGGUU